AAUCAUAGAUUUAUAAUUGCUGUGUGGUUAAGAAGCUAGCUCUAUAAUCAUUGGUUUCAGGUUCAGUCCCACUGUGUGGCACCAUGGGUGUCACAAGGAACAGACCUCUUCUCGCUUUCACAAGCAAUUCUCUAUGUAAAAGAGGAACUGUGUCUACAAAUGGCGACUGUAGUAAAUGGUGGGAACGACUUUUAUCGGCCAGUGACCCUGACACUGAAAAACUUGUACAGAACAAUGUGGAAAUACACGAAGAUUUCUUGUCAUUGGAAGAACACGAGAGUUUAUUGGCUGAAAUAGAACCCUACCUAAAGAGACUGCGCUAUGAAUACGACCAUUGGGAUGACGCUAUUCAUGGUUACCGAGAAACUGAAAGGAAACAAUGGAAUGACUCCAACACAAAAAUACUUGACAGAGUAAAGAGUGUGGCCUUUCAACCUUCAGAAGUUCCACUGCCCUUUGUACAUGUCCUGGACAUUAACAAAGAUGGUUACAUUAAGGCCCAUGUGGAUUCUGUUAGAUUUUGUGGCCGAGCAAUAGCUGGUCUCAGUCUCCUCUCUGAAAGUGUAAUGAGACUGGUUUGUGAGAAAGAUAAAAGCAAAUCUGGUGAUAUUCUUCUUUUACCAAGAUCUCUCUAUAUAUUAAGGGAUAAAGCUCGUUUUGACUACACACAUGAAGUCUUACCAGACAAAACAUCAAUGUUCAAAGGAAAACAUAUUCCUCGAUCUCGAAGAAUUUCAGUCAUCAGUCGACUAGAAGUAAAACAAUAACAAAACCUCCCUUCCCUGUUUUUUACUACCCUGACCUUGUGUCCUCUACAACAAACCCUGUGAUCUUAAGGAUGUUGGACUUAAUGCCUUCCAAUAUUUACCAUCAAAUCUCAUUCUGAGGCUACAAGCUACCAAUUUUCAUGUGCUUUCCUUCUAUCAGAGACGAAAAUAAUACUUUUAAUACACUGAAGUUGACACCAUCAACUCCUCUUCCUUAUAAAAAAUCUUGGCUUUAAUAAAAAUAAUUACAGAUUUCAAUCUUAACAAUUUAUUAAAAAAAAAAUACCAAAUUUUCUACAAAUUAACUUUUUUAUGAAAUAAAUUAUUUCUAUUUAAACACCUA